GAAGUAGCCACUUCUUCACAGUCACUGCAGCUGCCAAAGGCAUUUUCGUCUGACGGAGGGAACCAUGGAAGCAAGGCACUGAGGGGCUUCGUAGCAGAGUGGAGCCAGUUGAAGAUGGACAUUGAGAUGGAGAUGAAGAUGAACAGUGAGGGGGACCCCACUGCCUCCUGGCCCCUGCUCUCCUGGCUAGCCUCCUGCAUCAUGGUGUUUGGGGGGGUCGUGCCUUAUGUCCCCCAGUAUCAGGAGAUCCUCAGGACCUCCAACACUGAGGGGUUUUCCACACGUGUCUGCCUCGUCCUUCUGGUAGCCAACAUCCUUCGAAUCUUCUUCUGGUUCGGAAAGCAGUUUGAAUCCCCUCUCCUGUUCCAGAGCAUGGUAAUGAUCCUUACAAUGCUGGCUAUGCUACACCUCUGCUGUUCAGUCCAAACAGCCAAUCGCGUCUCCACCAAACAACACUACUUCACAGACCUGGACCUGAGGUAUUUUUGGAGCUGGGCUCGCUUUGAGGACUACCUUCUGUUUUGCUUUUCCUUCACGGUGCUGAGUGCCCUCAUCAGCUUCCUCUUCCUGGAUUCGGUCCUGUUUGUGGAGGGCCUUGGGUCCCUGGCUGUGCUCACUGAGGCAAUGCUGGGGGUACCACAGCUGCUCCAGAACUUCCAGAACAAGUCAACACGGGGCAUGAGCAUAAAGAUGGUGUUGCUGUGGACGGCAGGGGACCUUUUCAAGACGACCUAUUUCCUAGUGAACGAGGCUCCGUCCCAGUUCUGGGUGUGUGGCAUUGCCCAGAUCUGCAUUGACAUAGCCAUCCUCCUGCAGGUAUUCUUCUACGGACAGGAAACCCGCACAAAAUAUGGGUGAUGGCACCAAGCACCAAAGACAUUGCACAUCAUUUAUAGUCGGCAAAUAGUCUGAAAACUUUACUUGUAGAUUUUCUUUAAAUGUGUUCAUGUCAUGGUCAAGUCUCCGCACAGGGAAUGGCCAGAAAUGUAGAAACACCUGCCAUAACAGUGUCAGCAGGGUGUAGUUCUGUUGUCUUGGGAGGAUACAUGCUCAUAGCCUGUACAGUCUGUUCCUUAAUAUAACAUCAGUAGUUUUGAAGUCUUGGAUAGGAAAGCACCUACCAACUGACCAUCUACUAACAAACCUAUUAAAGUCUGAACGUUUUUAUAUAUUACAGAAUUCAUGUCUAAUUAAUCAGUCACAGCACAAGUAUGUACUACAGAUGGUGUUUUUAUUUUUUUGUCCAACCCCUGUAUGUAUUGUACCUAAUAUAGGUUUAUCUCAGGGUCCUGCACUGCCAGAUAUUUAUUUUCCUAAUAAUUCUCUUUUUACAACAACCAAAUACUUCCCUAUAUAACCAAGGGUAAAGGAGAGUUUUGUAACCUUGUACAGUUUGAUGUUUCUUUGACCAUGGUUUACAGUUGGAACUUUAGAUUACAUGGCUAACAUGACUAUGUAAAAACAUGGUAAUAACUGGGUAAAUGUUUUUUGCUAUCACAUGGUAACUACUGGUCAAAUAAGUGUAAAAUUGCAUCAAAAUGUGUGUGCCAAGUAAUUGCACAGUAGUUAGUAAGAACAGGAGCCAUUAGUGAUUACCCAGUUAUGACAAUGUAAUUACAUGUCUAUUCAUGCCAUAGAAUAUAAAUUCCUACCGAAAACUGCUGUACAGUUCAUAGUCACUGCUCUUAGUAUGACAUAUGCCAUAUAAUGUGUGCCAAGCACUACAAGAACUGUACAUUUUAAAAAAUAAAUAUAAAGCAAAGAAAGUGCACAUUAGUGUCAAAACCACCCUACCAAGUCUUUCUCCACAAAUGUAAAACAGUGUGUCCUCAGGAAGUGUGAUUGCCUGACCUAUAAAACUAUCUGUUAUUUAAUCGGGUGACUUUAACACUGAUCUACAGUUGUUGCUCCCAGAGUAAGACUGACUGUCAAAGAACCUGGCUGCCAUCUUAGAUUAUGUCAUCAGUCUCAUAAUAGUGUGAUAGAAAGAACACCUCUGUUGUUGGUAAGAAGCAUUGGAGCUUUUGUUCCAAGCAGAGAUAAAUACAUAUAUAUAAGACUAAGCCUUUCCUGUUAGUGAAUUAAAUAGCAAAGUAUUUUCUGAUUGUGAAACUGUAAAACUGUUGUAGAGAGAAAAGGUUUAUUGGUAUGUUGUAUCAGGGCUUUUAGUUCACCACAUUUUUCAUAAGGGCAUUUAUGUAUAAAUGUAUGUGUCUUGAAGACAGUUACAAAUGUGUUUUUGUAAAGCGCCACAGUUCUACAAUUAAAAAGUGCCUUUUACAACU